GCAAGGAUGAAUGAAUGAAUGAAUGUAUGUAAAGCCUCCCACCGUCCACCACCACACACCGUCUCACAUCGUCCCCCACACCACACACACCACAUGCAAGCGUCCCACCUCCCAAUAGAACACUCAAUGGCCGGCGGCAUAGCAGCAUAAAGAGUGUUGCCGGCCACGGCGUCUAUUGGUGAACGUCAAAAGGCUAUCUGGCUCGAUGACUGGAUCGCUGGAGGGAGCAGAAGGGAGCAGGUCGAUCAACUCAUCCGUAGAUCCUCUGCACCUUGCCCAUGCUGCUCUUGAGGUUCAGCGACUUGACGUUGUUCCAGUUCUUCUUAAGCAGCGACACCUGCACACACACACACAACAAAGGAAAGCCGUUAACUACGGCGAUUUGCGGCCGAGCCUUGCUCGUUGACUGACCAGGAAGUUGAUUGCCAGCAGGCAGUUCUGUCGCAGUUCGUCCUCGGACAUCUCGACAUGACCCACAGCAACACCGAGGCACAACACCUGCACACACAGACACACACACAGCACUCCAUCCACUCGGUGUCUGCCCCCUGCUGGCUGGCUGGCUGGCUGACUGACUGACCUUCUUCAGCUGGAACUUGACGUUGCAUUUGAUUUCGGUGAUUUUGUCCUCGAUCUUGUCGCUGUGUGUGAUGAGCGAAGGGAACUUGCCCGCCUUGUUCAGGCCGGGACCCAGCAGACGGGGGAUCUGCGGGAUCAGCACCUGAGAGGCCAGGAAAGCGUCGUACUUCUGGGCUGCACACACACACAACACACAGAGAGAGUGAGAGAGGGAGAGGACAACACGGCAACAUGAUAUCUGUCUGCAGCUGUUACUGUGUCUGGACUCCCCACCCCACAACGGUCACUCACCGAGUUUCUUGACGAGUUUCUUGUUCUUGUUGAGUUUCUUGAGUGCCUCGACGUCCAUGAAGUCGACGCCCGCCUUGCCCGCCUGCUCGCAGUGCACAGCGUCGCCCAGGAUGCACACCUUCAUCCGCGGACGGGGCACAUGCGGCAGCUUCACAGUGCCUACACACACACACACACACAGGAGACUCACACACGGCAGAUCUUCCCUUUUCUUCUCGCCCUCCACCGAACUUACCGGCGAAACGUUUGUCCCUCUGCGUGUCAUAGUCCUUGAGUCCGAUUUGCAGGUCGACAGUCUCGACGAACUUGCGCUUCUUCUCCUCCGAGCCAGCCUUGAUCUCCGUGAUAGCCUUCUUCAGCGAGUCGGUGCUCAGCUUACUGCACACACACACACACACACACAGCCGGACAGACGGACAAACGAAGGCAGAGGGACAGGGGGUGAAUACGCGGCCACUCCUGCUCUCCCCAGGUAGCUAUCCUCUCUCCUCUGACUGCCUCUGUCCUUCGGCACACGGCGGAGCCUCGAGAAGUCCUUUCUCGGCCGCGUGAGUGGAGAUCUGCCCCCUUCCCCCCCUUCCUCACUGCAUGUGUGUGCUGGCCAUGCCCACCUCAUUUUCGUGGAUGUUGUCUUCG